AUUGUGAUAGGGGCACGGGUACGGGCACAGGCACAGUAACUUGGCCCACACCGACGACACGACAGUUUUGAACGGAACUUGCUGGUGCUUGGAUCGCAGUUCAGAUCCGAUCCGAUCCGAUCUCCGCGAAGUUGGCACAUUACCGAUUUUGAUUCCGCCGUCGACGCGCUCAAAUAUAUAUCACAAAAUAUUAAACAUUAUUCGUGCUUUUUUUUCUUGUUUUCCGUUGAGUUUAACCGAUUUGUGAGUGGUGAUCCCUCUGUAUAAUUAUAUAAAGGAUUUUGUUAAAGUGAUUCCUUGAUUUUUGAGACGUUUUCGCAUCGAAUAAUUGGAACAGUUUUUGUGUCAUCAGCCGUAAUUCGGAGCUAUUUUAAGAGGAUCGAAUGGCCAUGUCCCGAACCCGAAGCAGAAUAUUCAAACCUGUGGUGGUUCCACCGCUUCUUUUGCUCCUCCUGAUCGUCGGCAGAGCAGCGGGUGCAAAUCUUGUAUCCCCAAACCACAGACUACCAUCGCAGAGGUUCUUCUACGCCGACACUGCGAUCUCCGCCUCCUCCUCGCAGACCAAGGUGCGACUGCUCCGCCAGGCGGAUGACCCGAAUGCUGCGCCGGAGGCAGUGGAGGGCAGCUGCUGCCAGGGAGCAGCCGCCGAAGCCGGAAAACCACUGACGAUUCCACUGACCGUGUCCGCUGAGUUGACCAACGUGACUGUGGAUUAUGAUGUUUCCGGCGAGAUCCCCUCCUCGAAGGAAAACUUCAAGCGCAGCAUCUCAAAAUCCACCGUGAGGAAUGCGACGCCGGCCAGCUGCUCGCCGCAGCCCACGAUCGUGGAGCUGAAGCCGCCGGCGGAGGACGAGGCUAACUACUACUACAUGCCCGCCUGCACGCGGAUCAGUCGGUGCAACGGCUGCUGCGGCUCCACGCUGAUCUCCUGCCAGCCGACGGAGGUGGAGCAGGUGCAGCUGCGGGUGCGCAAGGUGGACAGGGCGGCGACCAGCGGACGCCGGCCGUUCACCAUCAUCACCGUGGAGCAGCACACGCAGUGCCGCUGCGAUUGCCGAACGAAGGCGGAGGACUGCAAUGUGUAUCAGUCGUACCGCAAGGACCUGUGCCGCUGCGAGUGCCACAACACGGAUGCGCGGGACAAGUGCCUGGAGCAGGCCGAGAACAAGUACUGGGUGGACGACAACUGCACCUGCGUGUGCCGCUACAACCAGAGCUGCACCACCGGCACCGUCUUCGAUGAGACGCAGUGCAAGUGCACCGACCCUGGCGCACCCAUCAAUGUUUUGGACCGCAAACGCUUCAUUGUCCAGGCCGUACAGGUGGACCCCGAUAACACCACCCUGUACAGUGUUUGAGUACAGUUAACAAACACCGGGGAGUACGAAGGAGAAACGCCAGCUUCCUAGAGGGAAAUCCCCGAGUACUGAGAAAGCAAUUACCGAAGAAUUGCACUAAGCGUAGUUGCCUAUGUACUUUAAAUUAUUUAUAGUUAUCGAUUAAACAUAGCCUAAGACCACUGUACCCCCUUAAAAACUAACUCACAGUAUUUUCCCCUUGCUUCUGCGGCACAAAAAACAAGAAAAAGGGGGUUUGCAAAAAUCUCUAACGAUUGGAUGUAACUUGAAAAUGUGUUUAAAACUGGACAAACUAUACAAUUUUGGAUACAUUUUCUAAAAAAUUCCAAAAUAGAAAUUUUUGCGCAACCCCUGCGUAAAUAUUAAUUUUAUUAAUUUGUUAAUAGUACUUUUUAAGCGCCUUCCACUUUGUCGCGGCCUUGUAUACACUUGUUUAUUUCCGUUUGUUUAAGUUUUAAUUCAUUCUAAAUUAAUCGUCCACAAAUUAAAUGCUAUCCAAUAAUUCGCUGUACUCCAUUUGUAUGUAACUUUUUUUUGUAUAAACUGUUAGACCUAAGUUUACGUAAAGAAAAUACAGACAAAGUAUUGAAUUAUUAAA